AUGCCGCCACCACCCAGCCAUCAUGCCGAGCUAAGCUUCCCAGCGACUCGCGGCCAUGAACACGACAAGUCCACCACGGCGCCUCGAUUAGCUGACCCGAUCGAUACAACUACUGCUGCAGUGGCUAGAGUGCAUAUGCAAGACAAACAGCAGAAGCAGCAGCUGGACGCCGUGUUGGGCGAUGGCUCGGCCAAUGUUCCAGAUGCUCCACCUUACUGGACCUCUCGCAACGGACGCACCUUGAGCUAUCACUCUAUCACUGGCCAUCAACCACAUGCUAUACUCCUUGAGGACCAUUCUGAGGAUCAUCACGAGGCAUCACAAGGCUGCUGGGCACGAUCUGUGUCUGUUGACGACUACACCAUUAUUGCCGGACCGAGUGGCGUUGGCGCUUAUGUGGUAUGGCACUGCACAGUGGGCACGCUGAAGGGCGGCGAUAUGGAGAUCAGAAAACGUUACUCAGAAUUCGAUCAAUUACGCACGAAUUUGGUCGAGUCAUUCCCGUAUGCUGAAGCCAUGAUACCGAAGUUGCCACGCAAGAGUGUGGUCAGCCGCUUUCGACCAAAGUUUCUGGAGCAGAGAAAGACCGGACUGGGCGAGUUCAUGAACUGCAUCCUGCUCAAUCCAGAGUUUGCUGCCAGUCCAGUGUUGAAAGGCUUCAUAUUCGCAACAUGA